GACAACUGGGAUACAUAAAAAUCAUGAAAAGCCAAUUAACAGGAUUUCUUAUGAACUUCUGGAUUUCUUUUUCACUUGCUUUAUAUUUUCACAUUGGAGAAAGAGAAGAGAAAUGUAUAAUUGAAGACGUUCCCAGUGACACGUUGGUAAUUGGGAAAUACAAGGUACAACGCUGGGACGUGCAUACCCAUGGCUUUCUUGAAUCUGCUCCUGGUUUGGGGAUGUUUGUGACUGUCUCGAAUCCUCAUGCUGAGGUACUCAUGUCAAAACUGUAUGGGUCCCAAGGAACAUUUUCUUUUACAUCUGAAAUAUCUGGGGAGCAUAUUAUCUGUUUACAGUCUAACUCCACAAGAUUUAUUGCAUUUGCAGGAAGUAAACUGCGUAUCCAUUUGGACAUUAGAGUUGGAGAACAUUUUUUUGAUGAAUCAGCUGUUCAAGCCAAAGACAAAGUGAAUGAAAUUAACCUCAGACUAGAACAUCUAAUUGAGCAAAUUCAUCACAUAUCCAAAGAACAAAACUAUGAAAGAGAGCGUGAAGAAAAAUUUCGGAAGACAAGUGAAGAAACCAACAGCAAUAUUUUGUGGUGGGCUAUUGUACAAACACUGAUCCUCAUCUCCAUUGGAGUCUGGCAAAUCAAAUCUCUCAGAGAUUUCUUUAUAUCUAAGAAGCUUGUGUAGGUCUUACAAAGUUAAAAAAU